AUGGGUGCAGCACUAACCAGGGCAGCCCAGUGGACCUCCUCGGGCUCUGGGAGUAGAACCCUCGCCCUCAGCCCUCUGAAUGAGACUCUGCUGUCAGAAAUGGUGCAGUUUGUGGAGGACCUGAGAUCUCUGCACCCUCAGACUGCAGAUGUUGUGUUUGAGGAGCCGCUGCAGUGGAGAACAGCCCUCCAGACGUCUGAUCUAAAGGCGGACUACACACUCACUGACUCUGGAGCUCGGUCUGAACAGCAGGACUCUACAGGGCGUCCUCUGCUACAUCUCUCUCCUCCUCACGUCUCUGCGCUGAGCCUCUCUCUCCUCUCUGAGCUGCUCGACAUGUGCGGCGACAAAGAGGCCGAGGUCCGAGCCUGUCUGCAAGAAAACGAAGACGCAGUGAAGAAGAUGGUUGGGCCUGAGCUCGCUGCUCUACUGGAGUCUGACAGUAAAGACGCAGACAAAGUGAAAGCGAAGGACCGAGACCCUAAGGUGAAAUUACUCCUGAAGCUCCGGAGACUGAACGAGCAGCUCUUAGACAAAGUCCUCCAGCAGAUCUCUGAACAGGUGCAUCUCCACGUCAGCGUCGUGAAGAAUGAACUGGACUCCCUGGUGCUGUUCUGUGGAGACGACGACCACUCUCUGCUCAGAUCACUCCACUACACUUCAGAUUUCGAGUUUGCCAACGGCUGCCGCGCUCCUCCGCACAGACAGCUGCUGGGGGAGGUGGCCUACAUCAGGAUAGAAACUUACGACACAGAGCCCGUGUGCGCCACCUACAGCAACCGGGGAGUGUUCCUCAAUAAGGGCGUGAAGGAGUAUGCCGCAGAUGAGAGCGAUUAUGAGCAGACAGGUGAAAUUUUCGAGGACCUCACGUCACUUCUGAAGUCCAAGUCCUGCUAUUUCGCUCAAAACAUCCACAAGGAGGAGCCGAACCAGCAACAUCUGAAAAAGCAAGAGCCUUGGACCAAAUGGAGAGAAAAUGCUCUACUCCUGAUGCGUCUGUGUGUUUUAAAUAACUGUAGAAAAGCGGAGAGAGGAGCCGGAAAACAGGAGUCCAAAUCCAGAACCGACUUCUCCCUCACGUCUUUGCCUGGGCGCUCCUCACCACAGAAGAGCCGGACGCCCGCCCGCUCCAGGCUGAGGGAGGCUCUGAGUGAGAGUUCUCCUGAGAGCGAAGAGGAGGAAGAGGAGGGGCUGGAGCGACGCCCAGACACCAGCGCAGACCUACCCUCCGAGCAGCUCCGACUGCAGAAGUUGAUCAGAUUCAUGCGGGAGGGCAACCAGACGGCGACGUUGUUGACCAUGUGCGCUCUGAGGGACAUGGACCUAAAGCAGGAGACGUACCAGCUGUCCAUCAGGGACCUGGGGGGGCUGGACGCGCUCCUCAACAUCCUGGACACCGGAGAGAGCCGCUGCAUCAUGGGCUCUCUUAAAAUCCUGCGCGUGAUCAGCCACAGUGCUCAGAUCCAGAGGUCCAUGGUGAGGAUGCGAGGCGUUCAGAGCCUGGUGCCACUGUUGGACAUCCAGGUUCCCGAGCUGCAGGCGCUGGCAGCGGAGACCCUCGCCAACGUCGCCAAGUUCCGUAAGGCCAGACGGACGGUGCGGCACUGCGGGGGCAUCGGCAAGCUGGUGAGACUUCUGGACUGCGCCCCAGACUCUCGCAGCCUGUCCCCCAGAGAGGAGCUUCAUGUGGAGGCCGCACGCUGCGGGGCCCUGGCUCUGUGGAGCUGCAGCCGGAGCUCCAGGAACAAAGAGGCCAUUCGGAAAGCAGGAGGCAUCCCUCUGUUAGGCCGUCUGCUGCGCUCGCCCCACGUCAACAUGCUCAUCCCGGUCAUCGGAACGCUGCAGGAGUGUGCCUCUGAGGAGAGCUACAGAAAUGCAAUCCGAAGCGAAGGAAUGAUCAAGGACCUGGUGAAAAACCUGAGCAGUGAAAACGAGGAGCUGCAGAUGCACUCGGCCAGCGCCAUUUUCAAGUGCGCAGAGGAUGAGAAGACUCGAGACCUGAUUCACCAGUACAAAGGCCCACAGCGUCUGGCUCUGCUGCUCAGCAAACCUGAGAACAAACAGCUGUUAGCCGCCGCCACCGGAGCUAUCUGGAAAUGCUCCCUCAGCCAGAAGAACGUCACCAAAUUCCAGGAGUUCCGCGUGUUGGAGAAGCUGGUGUCCCUGACGUCGGAGCAGCCGGAGGAGGUCCUGGUGAACGUGGUGGCGGCUCUCGGAGAGUUCGCCCAGAUCCCGACGAACAGAGGCGUGAUCGGGCAGAGCGGAGGGAUAGAGAAGCUGGUGCGACUGCUGACGGGGAGGAACCAGGCUCUGCUGGUGAAUGUGACCAGAGCUUUGGGAAUCUGCGCCACCGACAUGAAGAACAUGGCAAUCAUUGACCAGCUGGACGGGCUGCGUCUGGUCUGGUCCCUCCUGAAGAACCCCAGUCCUGAGGUGCAGUCGAGCGCCGCCUGGGCCCUGUGUCCCAUCAUACACAACGGCAAGGACGUGGGCGAGUCCAUGCGGCGUCUCAUUGGAGGAUUUCAGCUCCUCAUCAAACUGCUCAAGUCCACAGACAAUGAGGUCCUGGCCAGUAUCUGCGCUGUCAUCGCUAAAAUCACCGAGGACAAAGAGGAGAACGUGGCUCUGCUGACGGACUACGGAGUGGUGCCCCUGCUGGCCAACCUCACCAGCACCACCGAUGACCUGCUGCGGCGCCACCUAGCGGAGGCCGUCGCGUACUGCUGCAUGUGGGGCCAGAACCGCGCGGCGUUCGGGAAGGCCGGAGCAGUGCCCCCUCUGGUCAGAUACGUGAAGUCCAAGGACAGCGGCGUGCACGAGACGACCGUGGUGGCCCUGUACCAGCUGUCCAAGGACGUGGACAACUGCAUCAGCCUGCACUCCAACGGGGUGGUCCAGCCUCUCCUGGAGCUGAUGGGACACGAGGACGAGGACGUGGCGUUCAUGGCGGCCGGCUGCGUCAGAAACAUCCGGAUGCUCGCCAACGCCAACAAGUUCAGCAAAUGGAACAACUAA